AUGCUGGCCCACCUGGGGGAGGCAGGCCGCAGCUACGUGGUGGACGCCUUUGGCACCGUGCUCUCCGCGCUGCACAUCGAGGACACGCUGACAGUGGACUCGGUUGGCAACCUCCAGUUGAGGCGCAUUACCGAGCUGGCGGAGUGGUCACAGAGCAUUGCCCCUGCCUUCAAGGGCGACCGCAUCGAGGCGUUGCAGGUGCAGCAGGGCACUUUGGCCGCGGUGGUGCGGCCGCUGCCAGAGCCCCUGGAGCUCUUCGCGGUGGUGGUGGUUUCCAGGGCAGAGAACACCUCCUUCCAGGACAGCUCCAUUGUUGAGUCCAUGUCUGUACUCUUAGCCUUCGCCUCCCUACCGUACUUCGGGGUGAUCAUCACGCUUUCCAGCGUCUUCAUUGGAGCCAAUUCGCGCACAGAGUUCAAGGCCCGGAAGUCUGUCUUCCAGCGCUUUGCCGGCGGCGUCACAGAUUUCGCCGCGGCCUCCGGCGCCAAGAUGGGCCACCGGUCCACCGUCCGCCGGCGCACCUCUGCUGACGGCGAUGAGCCGCUGUUUGACGAAGCGAUGGCAGGCGCAGGACGGAAAGUCUCGCACGGCAGCAUCGUGAGCGCGGGGGAGAUCUACGACGAAUACGGAAAGCCGCUGGCUGUGCAGCCGAGGAAGACUCACAUGCUGAACGACGCCUACUUCUCGACGAACAAGUCGUUCAAAGCGCGCUGUGCCAGAGUGGUGCGCCUCCUUUUCUUCUGCUGCAAGGGUCGCCAGAGAGAGUGA